AUGACUACCAUAGAUGAGACUGAGCUCCAGAAGCUCCGAGAUGCAAACACCAAAGGCAUCGUCUUGGGCCUCAAAGCCUUUGCUAGCGUGAAACCCAGGCUAGACAUCGAUGACCUGCUUGCACAGCUACCCAAAGCGUUCAACUUGUUUCUUAUUGCUCUUGAUGAUCUGCAGAAAGAUAAAAGCAAAACUGGAUACGCUCAAAUUGCGGUCAUCGACCUUGCGCGUUCGUUUACUGGUAGUCUGAAGGAUGAUUACCUGCGCGAAGCACUUCAGUUCCGCCUUCCUUACUGGGACUACUACCGUCCUCGAGGCGGACCAGUCGAGUUUCCUGGGGUUAUUGACAAGGGGACAACGACCUUUGACUGGGACUACUCAAUUCCAAGAGUCUUCACGGAGAAAAGCCUCAGGGUCCGACGUCCUCCUGGGAACCAAAUUGAUACGUUGGAACGCAACCCGCUGAAUUUCUUCGAUCUAAAGAGUGCAAACAUCAUCCCCGAUGACGACUGGAAGAUGUACGGAAAGGUCGACCUGUUUCCGAGAGACCGGACUGUCCGCUACCGCCUUCCCAAUAGCACAAGUGAUACAGACAGUACUACUGUGGCAAACUCUACCAUAAAUGAGCUGCGUAUGGACAGCAACAGACUGAUGUUAAAUAUGCUCUCAAACAAGGAGACUGAUGUGUACAACAACUACGACGUGUUUUCGACCAACAAGAAGGGGACACCCACGGUCGCGAAACCCCCUCAAGAUGCCAAAGAAGCCGAAAAGACAAUGUGGUAUGGAAGUGGCUCUCUAGAAGCAUUGCAUGGCAUUUACCACGUAAUCAUUGGAGGAUUGCCCAACAUCAACACCAAGACUUGGGCGGGGCAUAUGACUCAAGUGCCAGUCGCGGCUUUUGACCCGAUCUUCCCUGAAGAGUGGUUUGGAAACCAGUCACUUUCAACCAAGCCCUUGCUUCCGUUUCGCAUCAAAAAUGACAACAAUGACCCAACGGUUUGUUGGAACUCCAAUCAAUCGAGGCAAUGCGGCACCUUUGGAUAUGAUUACCCAGAAAUACUAGCCGGAGGAGACGUCUUGACCACUGUGAGGAAGAUGUAUGAGUGGUCGGUCAAUCUCACGGCUGCAGGCGAUUUCGGCGAUAUACCGUCGAACAUGAAGCCAGCACCAAUCAGUAACGCUGAGAUAUGGCUUCCAGGCGCAACAAGCGACCUUCUGUCGGCGACUAACCCCGGGAGACCGAAGGCGCCGAAGCCACAGUUUUUCGCCCAAAUGCGUACACAAAACAUCGCAUUGCCGCCCGCUGAAGUCGCCUUGUCACGAGAAUGGUACAUCGAUGAUGAAGUCGAGCGGUGA